AUGAAACCAACAACUUCCACUGUUUCUAUUGAAGAAUUCGUCUCAAAUCACCUACCAAGCGACAACGCGAACGCUUUCGACACUGUCUUCACGACUCUCAAGAGCGAAAGGCUCCUUGUUUCUACCAGCCAGCCAACAGCCCAGAAAUCUUCGGAAUUUGGAUAUGGAAUUACAGCGUUAAAAUCGUUCUUUCAAUCCUACUCCCCCAAUCCGAGCAAGAUCGUAGAAUCUUUGCGAACAGUCUGUGAGGUCGCGAGCGAUGCCUUGCAAAGGCUCGGAAUUCGGGCGACAGGUGGCGACAGACUUUCGAUCCGAGCCAACGAGGGGAUAGAUCUCUCAAAGAACGCUUGCAUCGCGAAGAAUUUCGAAGGACCGUUAAGUCCUUGCGAUGUCGUUGUUCCCAUUACAAUCCUUUGUGGAGGACACAACGAAGAGCCUGGGAGUGAUAUCGUGGAGCGUGUAGUGGCUACCAUGAACGACGAUGCUCGGAGAACGUUCAUUUACGGGAUCACUAUCCACCGCGAGCAGGUGACUGUCGGUCGGUUUAGUCGAUCGCACGUAAUCCAUUCUCGCCCAUUCACUUUGACAGAGUCCGCUGAUAUGUUGAUUCGAGUCAUCACCGCACUCCUAACUGCCACUGACGAGCAGCUCGGAUAUGACCCUUUGGUGACGCGUCUCCCAGACAAUAGUUACGUUUACCAGCUACCUCCCGAGGAGGGGGGCUCGAACCCACUCUUCUACCACAGCCUCGAACUUCUCUCACACUACCCAUCGACGAGUCUUGGUGAUCGCACCGCACGGAUAUGGAGGGCUGUUCAGGUUCUAUCGCCAGACAAUCGGAGACGCGUGGCAGGAACCCCGGACAGAGUCCUUAAGGAUGUGUGGGUCGAUGCCGAAAUGCGCACCGAGGCAGAAAUCCAAGAAGAUCUUUUUCGCGAUAUCAAGGCCGUGACGACAGACGUCGACUGGCGUAAGAGGCCGAUCUUCCAGGAUUUCCUCGAGCGCGACGUCGAGUCACUGGCCGAAGCUCUACAAGGCGACAACUUCAAGCGCUACUUCUCGUGCAUCGUCGCCAAGUACGUUGCCCAGCUCGACACCCGCGCCACCUCGACGACUUCACCCAGUAAACGUCGAUGUUUCUUCGUGUACGAGUCGGUCUGUACGCCCCUCCAUGACAUCUCCACCUUUGGGGAAGUCAUAGACAUUCUCAAGCAGUGCGUGAUAGCCCUUCGCCUGAUGUUCUGCGCUGGAUGGGUUCAUCGCGAUAUCAGCACUGGAAACAUACUCUCAACUCGUUCGGGGUCGGGUCAGCGAUGGCAAGUAAAGCUUUCUGACCUCGAAUACUCCAAGAAGUUUCCAGACACUAGCCACCCAGAGGAUGAGCACAUGAUGGGUACACCUUUCUUCAUGCCAUGCGAGAUCCAGAUGGAGAGGCAUGUAUUCCCCAUCAAUCCAGAGCGAGAGCGAUCUCAAAGGUAUCCGAAGCGUCCUGUCGUCUACGGGUACCAGCAUGACCUCGAGAGCAUCUGGUGGAUAAUCCUCUGGUUUGCUACGAUGCGAGUCGACCAGGACCUCUGCCCCAAGUUCGGGCGUCUGCACUUCCAACAACCUAUGAACGAGUACUGCACUGAUCGACGCUGGUUACUCUUCAGGGACCCAAGCCACCUCGCAACGGUUCCGCUGCUCGACGACGCCCUUCCAUCUGAGCUCCUAGACUCGAACUUCCUCGACGAACUCCAGAUGCUCAAGCAUCAGAUACACGGCGAAUACAUGAUUCGUAACGCGGAAGGGAAGCAGGAGGACAUAGGAACUUACUCGUAUGUCAUCAGCCAAUCUUUCACUCUCUUCUUCGAACGCCUUGAGGAAUCCCGCGCCAUAUGGAAGGACUUGAAGCUAUCCAUCACCGCCGAAAGCGAGGGGUCAACCAAACCAUACCGUUACCAACGAAAGCGAAGGGCAAGUGAUAGGGAGGUCGAUAGGAAAGAGGAGGGUGUCUGGGUCGAACGGAAGGUUGUCGAGAAGAGGAGAAGAAAGGACGAUCGACCAAAGCAAGACAGACCGACGAAGAAAGCCCGCUUCGAUGCCCCUGUCCCAGCAGUUGAAGCCCCGUUUCGAAGAUCAGGACCGGUGACGAGAUCAAUGACCCGCGCGGCUCAAAACACUGGCCCCGUUACGAGAGCCGCUGCUCGCCGUAUGCAUGAGGCUGCCGCAUCAAAAAACAAGACGACCACCACCACUACCAAAAAAUCGCGCCGCUGA